ACACAUGUUUUUCAUAACAAAUUGCAAAUGACUUCAUAUUUAAUAAUAGAUUUUAUGAAUUAAUUAUUAUUUCGUUAUUUGUUAUAACCAUUAAAUGGCCACUUCUUCGGGAUUCAGUUCAGCCCUGAAAAUAGCUGAUCUCAACGAUUUCAUUACACCCUCACAGGCGUGCAUCAAACCAAUUGAAAAUAACAAAGAAAUUAAAAGCAAUGUGAAGACUAAUGUAAAUAUAUCUUUAAGUGAUUGUUUAGCGUGUAGUGGAUGUAUAACAUCGGCCGAAACGGUUCUCAUUGAACAACAAUCAUAUGAAGAACUCUAUAGAAUUAUUAAUUUUAAUAAAAAUAACGAAAGCAAGAGACGGACGAUUGUGAUGUCGAUGUCAUUACAAAGUAUAGCGUCGAUUGCGGCCAAACAUCACUUAGAUAUGGAAACCACUUCACGAAAGUUAUCUGAUUUUUUCCACAAUCUCGGAGUUGACUACAUAUUAGACAUAAGUCUUGCCCGACAUUUCUCUAUAAUUGAGGCCCAAAAUGAAUUCUUAGACCAAUUCAACAAAAAUGAAUUUCCCGUAUUGUCAUCGAUAUGUCCGGGUUUUGUCUGUUACGCCGAGAAAACACACGGAGAUCUCAUUAUUCCGUUUCUUAGUCGAGUCAAAUCCGCGCAACAGAUUAUGGGUAUUCUUGUCAAACAAUUUCUUAACGACAAACAAAUCAAUGCGAGUCAUGUCUUUCAUAUAACACUUAUGCCGUGUUAUGACAAAAAACUUGAGGCCACUCGAAAUGGUACAGAUUUUAGUCAUAUAAACGCUGAUAAUUUUAAAGAAGUGGACUGCGUUUUGACGCCCAUUGAGAUUGAAAUAAUGCUCAACAGAGAGAAUGUCAUAUUUACUGAACUAAAUGAAAGACUUUUAGAUAAAAUAACUGGUGAUCCAAAUGAUCAAAUGGUUUCACAUUUGGGUUCGGGAUCAGGAGGUUAUGCAGAAAAUAUAUUCCGAUUUAUGGCUUCAAAAUAUUUCGAAAAAUAUUACAAAUGUGAACAACAAUUAGAUUAUAAAGUUAAUCGAAAUAAAGAUUUCAUUGACUUAACUCUUGAAGACGAAUCGGGAAACAAAUUGCUAUCCUUUGCCAUCAUUAAUGGUUUUCGUAAUAUUCAAACAUUAGUUCAAAGAAUUAAACGUAAAACUUGUGACUAUCAGUACGUGGAAGUGAUGGCCUGUCCGUCGGGUUGUCUUAACGGAGGCGCUCAGCUUAGACCUGAAUCGGUAGAUGAUAUGAUUUUGGAAAGAGUGGAUCAAUUGUAUCGAUCACUACCUAUCACAUCACUAGCACUCGAUGGACAACACCAGGAGAUUAUUACUUUGUAUGACAAAUAUUUUCCAAAUAAAAAUAUUUCGAAACUUUAUACGACAUUCAAAGCGGUUCCCAAAACAAAAAACUUGAUUAAUAUCAAGUGGUAAUA